GGUUUAUUAGCCGAAAAAAAACUCAAAAAAAUAUUAAACAAUUGGUUAGAUGCAGUCAUUUGUUUGGAUUAAUUGAGUGUUGUUUAUUUCGUAUAAAAUACAAAAAACCAAAAAAAUUUAACUAAUCGAGUGCAUUUAAACAACAAACGUUGUGUACUUGUGAAUCCGCGCAUUAAGCACGUCGCGUUGCGAAAGUCUUGCUACACCCCCCACCGACACCGGAGGACCUAAUCACCAAAAAUGGCUUCUUUAUACGUGGGUGAUUUACACCAGGACAUUAACGAAGCGGGACUAUUUGAGAAGUUCUCCACUGCUGGCCCAGUUCUGUCCAUUCGUGUCUGCCGCGACGUUGUUACCCGUCGCUCAUUGGGCUAUGCCUACGUCAAUUUCCAGCAGCCAGCCGAUGCUGAGCGUGCUUUGGAUACAAUGAAUUUUGAUUUGAUUCGCAACAAGCCCAUACGCAUUAUGUGGUCGCAACGCGAUCCAUCACUGCGCCGCUCCGGAGUUGGCAAUGUGUUUAUCAAGAACCUGGAUAAGGCAAUUGAUAACAAGGCUAUUUAUGACACUUUCUCCGCGUUUGGAAACAUUUUGAGCUGUAAAGUAGCUACCGAUGAAAAGGGCAACUCCAAGGGCUACGGAUUUGUCCAUUUUGAAACAGAGGAGGCAGCGAAUACGUCCAUUGAUAAGGUCAACGGCAUGUUGCUUAACGGCAAGAAGGUCUACGUCGGCAAAUUCAUUCCUCGCAAGGAGCGCGAGAAGGAGCUCGGCGAGAAGGCCAAGCUCUUCACAAAUGUCUACGUUAAAAACUUUACCGAGGAGUUUGAUGAUGAGAAGCUGAAGGAAUUCUUUGAGCCAUACGGCAAGAUUACCAGCUACAAAGUCAUGUCCAAGGAAGAUGGCAAGAGCAAGGGCUUCGGCUUCGUUGCCUACGAAACAACAGAGGCUGCUGAGGCCGCCGUGCAAGCGCUCAAUGGCAAAGAUAUGGGCGAGGGCAAAUCUCUUUAUGUUGCCCGUGCACAAAAGAAGGCCGAGCGCCAACAGGAGUUGAAACGCAAAUUUGAGGAGCUAAAGAAGAAGCGUCACGAGUCCGUGUUCGGUGUGAAUCUGUACGUCAAGAAUUUGGACGAUUCCAUUGACGACGAGCGCCUGCGUAAAGAGUUCUCGCUAUAUGGAACAAUCACCUCGGCUAAGGUUAUGACUGACGAGGAGGGCCGCUCCAAGGGUUUUGGAUUUGUUUGCUUCAUUUCACCCAAUGAGGCCACUUGCGCCGUGACUGAACUAAACGGCCGUGUCGUGGGCAGCAAGCCAUUGUAUGUAGCACUGGCCCAGCGUAAGGAGGAGCGCAAGGCGCACCUUGCAUCACAGUAUAUGCGUCACAUGACCGGCAUGCGUAUGCAGCAGUUGGGACAGUUAUUCCAACCCAAUACCGCUAGCGGUUUCUUCGUACCCACAAUGGCGCCCAGCCAACGUUUCUUUGGCCCACAGAUGACCACACAGAUGCGCAGCACGCCACGCUGGGCACAACAGAUGCGCCCCGCCACAGCGGUGCAGAGUGUACAGGCCGGCGCCGCUUCAGCUGCUGCCUCAGCCGCUGCCGGUGGCUUCCAGGGUGCAGCCGGUGCUGUGCCAACUCAGUUCCGUCAGUCCGGAGCCGGAGCGCGCGGUGCACAGCCCCAGCAGGUGCAGGGCACCCACGCUGCAGCUGCUGCCGCCGCUGCAGCCAACAAUAUGCGCAGCUCUGGCGCACGCGCUAUCACAGGCCAGCAAUCGGUGGCCGCUCCCAACAUGCAAAUCGCUGGCGCUCAAAUUGCCGGCGGAGCUCAGCAGCGUGCUGCAAGCUACAAGUACACCGCCAACAUGCGUAACCCGCCAGUACAACAGAUGCAACAGGCCCAGCCGAUGCCACAGCAGCUGCAGGGCAAAAACCAAGAGAAGCUUAUUGCCUCAUUGCUGGCUAAUGCCAAGCCACAGGAGGCGAAACAGAUCUUGGGCGAGCGUCUGUAUCCAAUGAUUGAGCGCAUGCAUGCCGCACUGGCUGGAAAAAUCACUGGCAUGUUGCUGGAGAUUGAGAACUCAGAGCUUUUGCACAUGCUGGAAGAUCAGGAGGCACUCAAGGCCAAGGUUGAGGAGGCAGUCGCUGUGCUCCAGGUGCAUCGCGUCACUGAGCCCGCAAACUAAGCUCGAACAACAAAGCGGAUUUAAAAUUUUUUAUAAAUCACUCGACACCCAAAAAUUUUUUUCCCACAUUCACUUUCAAUUUUAAAAAUUAAAAAAAAAAAAACCAAAAGGAACACAUGAAUUCGCAUUGAUGCUCAAGCAAAGAAAAAACGCAGCGAAUGACACAAGAAAUAUAACAAGAAUAGGAUGAACAAUAAACUUGAUGGCUAAAAGAAGAUGAGAGGAAAGCUCCAAAAUAGCCGACUAUUUACUCUUUUCCGUUAGGGCAACGACAUAAAAACAAUUUCAAUCAUUUAAUUUCGAACGCAUUUACGCAUGACCACAACGCAGAGGAAAUUAGCUACCUGCUUACAACAAAGGAAACAAAAUGCAUCAGGCGCAGAUGUUUUUUUUUAUAUAUAUAU